AUGGCAGCAGGUGUAGCGGCGUGGCUCCCGUUCGCCCGUGCGGCGGCCAUAGGAUGGAUGCCCGUGGCGAGCACCCCGAUGCCAUCCCUCCGCAAGACAAGAAGAAAAGGCAAGGACGGACUCAUCAUCCUCAACGUGAGCGGGACCAAGUUUCAGACGUGGCGGACCACUUUAGAGAGGUACCCGGACACUUUGCUGGGCAGCACGGAGAGAGACUUCUUUUUCCACGAGGAGACAAACGAAUACUUUUUCGACCGUGACCCUGACAUCUUUAGGCACAUCCUCAAUUUUUACCGCACGGGGAAACUACACUAUCCACGCCAAGAGUGCAUAUCGGCGUACGACGAGGAGCUCGCUUUCUUUGGUAUAAUCCCCGAGAUCAUCGGGGACUGCUGUUAUGAGGAGUACAAGGACCGGAGGCGCGAGAAUGCGGAGAGGCUUCAAGACGACGAGGAGAUGGACAUGAGCAAUGACGUCACGCCGGUCAAUCUGACGUCCCGGGAGUUCCUGUGGCGUGCUUUUGAAAACCCUCACACCAGCACCUUGGCGCUGGUCUUCUACUAUGUCACGGGCUUCUUCAUCGCCAUAUCAGUGAUGGCCAACGUGGUGGAGACGGUUCCGUGUGGUAUUUUGCCCAACAGGUCAAAGGAGAUGUCCUGUGGAGACCGUUACUCUCUGGCCUUCUUUUGUUUAGACACUGCUUGCGUCAUGAUAUUCACGGUUGAGUAUCUCCUCCGUUUGAUAGCAGCUCCCAGCCGGUACAAGUUCAUGAAAAGUGUGAUGAGCGUCAUCGACGUGGUCGCCAUCAUGCCUUAUUACAUUGGCCUGGUCAUGACCGACAAUGACCAGGUGAGCGGGGCUUUCGUCACGCUGAGAGUCUUCCGGGUCUUUCGCAUUUUCAAGUUCUCCCGACACUCCGCGGGGCUGCGCAUCCUGGGCUACACCUUGAAGAGCUGCGCCUCCGAGCUGGGCUUCCUACUAUUCUCCCUCACCAUGGCCAUCAUUAUCUUUGCUACGGUCAUGUUUUAUGCAGAAAAAGGCUCCACGGCCAGCAAGUUCACCAGUAUCCCCGCAGCGUUUUGGUACACCAUUGUCACCAUGACAACACUGGGAUAUGGUGACAUGGUGCCAAAAACCAUCGUGGGGAAGGUGUUUGGGUCCAUAUGCUCUCUGAGUGGGGUGCUGGUCAUCGCCUUGCCCGUCCCCGUCAUAGUGUCAAACUUCAGCCGUAUCUACCACCAAAGCCAGCGGGCAGAGAAACGACGAGCCCAGAGGAAAUCUCGACUUGCUAGAAUCCGUGCUGCGAAGAUUCGAGGCACUAAUGUCUAUAUGCGCUACAAACAAAAUGGGAUCCUGAUCAACUCACUGGAGGAGGCCUCCAAGGAGGCCGGACAAGCCCUGGUGGCGAAGGCCCCCAGCCCUCCUUUUGAGAGCCAACAUAAUCACCUGUUGCACUGCCUGGAGAAGACCACGAAUCACGAGUUUGUGGACGAGCAGACGUUUCAGGCCAACUGCAUGGAGAUCUCUGUGAUGAACAAGUCGGGCUCCUGUGGGUCCUCGCUGUCCUCGUCCCCGCACGGCCUCAGCUCGUGCUGCUCUCGACGCCACCGGAAGAAGAGCAGCUUCAGUCUGCCCAGCACAAACAACCAGGAGCUCAGCACCAUACAGAUAAGAGAGAGGCCCGUGGCCAACAGCCGCUCCUGCCUGAAUGCCAAACUCGAUGAGACUGUGCCCUUGAAAUGUGACAAACCUUACAUCACUCCUUCCAUGGUCAGCCUAUCUGCACCGGCGGUGACCUCAUCGGACGGACACGGCUCCACCACCACCACCGCAUACUCUCAGAGCAACAUUGUCCGAGUAUCUGCCUUGUAG